AUGGCCUCGGGCCAGCCAUUUGGGUCGCGCUCCUACGCCGGCACCAAGCUGCCUGACCGUUCAACCAACCCCAACGCCAUGCCAUUCAGCACCUCAGCUUUCUCCCGCCACCGGGCUCUAGGAGCUAGUGCACCUAAUGAGUUCGCUGGCGAAGGUCAUCAGGGCCAGCAGAAUGCUGUACCUACCGCGACGCAGUCUCAUGGGCCGGCGCAGGAUACGAACCCGUUGAAUCGAUUGACGGAGGAACAGAGGGAGGAGAUUAAUGAAGCUUUCACCCUCUUCGACCUCGACCGCGACCGCCACCUAGACUACCACGAACUACGCGUCGCCUUCCGCGCUCUCGGCUUCACUCUCUCAAAACAAGAACUAAUCUCCCUCCUAACAACAUACGGAGUACCGCGCCCACAAGUGCAACAGCAACAACAACAGCAACCAAGCCAAGCACCCAGCAAGGCGAACACAGGCCCAAACCCGCAACACCCAUCUAACCUCCUCAUGCCUCUAUCCUCCUUCCAAGCCGUGACAGCGCUGAAGAUUCUAGAGCGGGAUCCGCGGGACGAGAUCCUGCGUGCCUUCGAGCUAUUCGACGAAGGCGGCAAGGGAUUUAUCGGACUUGAUGAUCUGAGACGUGUUGCUCGCGAGCUUGGAGAGACGGGACUUGAGGAGGAGGAGUUGAGGGCUAUGAUUGAGGAGUUUGACCUUGAGGGAGUUGGCGGUGUUACGCGUGAGGCGUUCGUGGGAAUCUGCUGGCAGUGA